AUGGAAUCCUUAGACGGUCUGAAUGAGCAGCAAAGGCGAACACUGAAUCAAUACCAGUCAAUAACUCAUUCACAUGAUAUUGAAGAAGCUGUACGUAUACUAACAGAAUAUAACUGGAACUUAGAAGAGGCUAUACAGAAUGAAUAUCGCAAAUAUUAUAAAGAUUCUUUAGGAGGCGAUCAGUCAACAUCAGCCUCAUCUUCAUUAUUAGGUCAUAAUAGGCCAAUGACAGAAAGAAGACGAAAAAGUGGACUAUUAUCUUUCUUCUUUUGGCCGUUUAACUUGAUUUGGAAAAUUAUUUGGAGUCUAUAUAGUAUAACCGCACGCCUAUUCCACAAGCCUAUUACAACAAAUGAGCCACGUCAUGAUCCUCGUUCAGAAGCAGACAGAUUCUUAAGAUAUUUUGAAUCGACUUAUGGAACCAUACACCCAAGCUUUUUUGAAGGAAGCUAUACCCAGGCUCUUAAUAUAUCUAAAAAGGAAUCAAAAUACAUGAUGGUUAUCUUAAUAAGUGAGGAGCAUGACGAUAAUGAUGCCUUCUGCCGAUCUAUCUUAACCUCAUCUGAAUUACUUGAUUUCCUUCGACAUCAUAAAAUUAUCGUAUGGGGCGGGAAUAUUCGCUAUACAGAAGCGUUUCAAGUUAGCAACAUCCUUGAAGCAACAACCUAUCCCUUCAUUGCUAUCAUUGGAUUACAUUCACCUUCCUCUUCUGUUUCACUAUCAAAUCUAAAACUAUCGGUUAUUGAUCGUAUUGAGGGACAAACCAGCCCUACAUCUAUCAUAAGAAGAUUCGAAAACGUGAUGGCACGAACUGAGUCGACUAUGAACCGAUUACGUUCUGAGCGUGAACAGAGGGAGCAAGAGCAAAGAUUAAGAGAAGAACAAGAACAGGCCUAUGCAGAAAGUUUAAGGAUAGACCGUGAGAGAGAGAUGAGGAUGCAUCAAGAGCGCCAAGAAGCCAUUGCGCGUGAACAUAAUCGAUUGAUGGAACAAAGAAACAGGGAAUUAUAUAUUCGUUAUCUGUGUCAAAAGAUAUCAACAAACAUGACAAAUCCACCUGAAAAUGAAAAAGUAACCAAGAUCAGCUUUAGAAUGGCAGAUGGAAGUCGAGCCAUUCACAAAUUUAAAGGUAGUGACACUCUAGAGGACUUAUAUCAAUUUGUUGAAGCCUAUCCGUACAUGGAAGAAUACGCACAUGAACCAUCCAUCAAUAGAAUACCAGAUAACUAUGUUCAUAAAUACAGAUUUACCAUACAUUCUGCUUUUCCAAGGACAGAAUAUCAACCAGAUCCAACAACAAAUAUUGCCAACGUCAAAGGACUGUGGCCAAGUGCAACAUUGAUCGUUGACCCUGACCAAGACGGUGAAAGUGACGAAGAGUAUUAA